AUGGCCGGCCUCGACCUUGGCACCGCUGCGACGCGCUACGUUCAUCAGCUCCACCACCUCCACCCCGACCUCCAGCUGCAGCACAACUACGCCAAGCAGCCGGAGCCCUCCGAGGAUGACCCUAAUGGCGGCGGCGGCGGCGGCAACAGCAACAACGGAGGGCCGUACGGUGAGCACGACGGCGGGUCGUCCUCAUCCGGCCCAGGCGCCGGAGACGCCCCUGGUGGCAGCGGUGGUAACGGGGAGAUGGUAGCCCGCCGGCCCCGCGGGCGCCCGCCGGGCUCGAAGAAUAAGCCCAAGCCCCCGGUGAUCAUCACGAGGGAGAGCGCCAACACGCUGCGCGCCCACAUCCUGGAGGUGGGGAGCGGCUGCGACGUGUUCGAGAGCGUCUCCACGUACGCGCGCCGGCGGCAGCGCGGCGUCUGCGUGCUGAGCGGCAGCGGCGUGGUCACCAACGUGACGCUGCGGCAGCCGUCGGCGCCCACGGGCGCCGUCGUGACGCUGCACGGGAGGUUCGAGAUCCUGUCGCUCUCGGGUUCCUUCCUCCCGCCGCCGGCUCCCCCCGGCGCUACCAGCCUCACCAUCUUCCUCGCGGGGGGCCAGGGGCAGGUGGUCGGCGGGAACGUCGUGGGUGCGCUCUACGCCGCAGGCCCCGUCAUCGUCAUCGCCGCGUCCUUCGCCAACGUCGCCUACGAGCGCCUCCCCCUGGAGGAGGAAGAGGCUCAGGCAGCGCCACCCGGCCUCCAGAUGCAGCCACCAGGCGGUGGUGCCGAUGGUGCUGGAGGCAUGGGCGGUGGGCCGUUCCCUCCCGACCCGUCGGCUGCCGGGCUGCCGUUCUUCAACCUGCCGCUCAACAACAUGGCCGGUGGCGGGUCGCAGCUCCCGCCCGGCGCUGACGGCCAUGGUUGGGCCGGUGCACGGCCGCCGUUCUGA